CCUCACCCCAAACGCCACCCGCACCUGUAUCUCGAGCACGAAGGCGGUACGGCCAUAUUCCUGGUCGAGGACACGCUCUUCAAGGUACACGAGUACUUCCUGAAGCAGAACUCGCCCAUAUUCGCAUCCAUGUUCACCUUGAACCCGGGUGAUGCCCCGGUGGACGGUCGGUCGGAUGAGCAGCCCAUCGCGCUGCACGACGUUAGCGCGGCCGACUUCGAGCGGCUCCUCUCGCUCUUCUAUCCCAGGGACGUGGUCUCUGGAGACCUCUCCACGCUGGAGCAGUGGACGUCCGUCCUGCGCCUCACGCACAUAUACGAGUUCGAAGCGCACCACGCGCUCGCAGUCAAGCGCCUCGCAGUACUCGCCCCACCCAUCGACCGCCUCCUCCUCUCGCGCCAGUACGACGUCCCUGAGUGGCUCGAGGACGCCUACUAUGAGCUCUGUAUCCGCGAGCCGUCCCUCACCCUCGAGGAAGGCGCCCGGCUCGGUUUGCCGGAGGUUGUUCGCAUCGCUGACCUCCGCCAGGCCAUCCGCGUGAGCGCGCGCGUGCACUUCCCGGAGCACUACAUCCGCGGGGCGAUCAGACAGCGGCUGACGGGAUGACGCGGGAACGCUUGAACGUUGGGUUCGGGGCGUGUGUUGGAUGGUCGAGUCAGUAGAAGUCAUUUUGUAUAUUGUUU